UAAAAAGGUUGAGAAUCACUGAUAUAGUCACACUAUUCCAUAUAGAGCACACACACACACACACACACACACACACACACACACACACACACACACACACACACACACACACACACACACACACACACACACAGUAUAGAUUAUUACAAUCAGUUCUUUCAGGCUUCACCAGACUAGAAACUGGAGGCCCCCAGUCUGGAGAGAUGAGUGUGCUUCUCAAAGGCCUCCUUUGUAUGAGCAGUACUUAUAAACCCAGAAAACACCUUUUCACAGCCCUAAACCUCAAGCAAUCCUUUCUACACCUUCAUCGAGUGCCCUCUUCAACCCUCCACCAUGAGAGCUGUACGGAGCGCUGCUCUCCUGAUAGCCUGCUUCAUCGGGACCUUCAAUGCUCAGGCUCAAAGCAGCCACAACAACAGUAACCAAGGCAACAACAUCAACCACAUCGAGAGCACUAAUAUUAAGCCUAAGCAGCCUAAAGAAAAUGUCGGAAAUGAGCCUAUUAGUUUCAACACCAAAGCCAAAGACUCUUGUAGCAUGGUGAUCUCCGGCCAGACUGACUCCACUAAGCUGCGUGUCUCCUGCAAGAACAAGGGCAAAACUUACUGGUGUGAAUUUCUGGGCAAACCUAACUUGUGUAAGGCAUACAACAACAACCCACACCACUUCUUCAAACAGAUAAUGUGGGACAUGAGAAAGCUCCACAACGCCUGCCAGGGACCACAGGUAUUCAAGCCACAUAUGUGCCGCUCUGCUUCAGAUGAUGUCCGAAUGAUACUCCACUCUUCCUUUCCCAAAAUUUCCAACCUAAAGCCUACCCAAGCUCCUAAUGUUCAGAACCAGCCAAAGCUGCAGCAGACCAAGUCCAGCAUUAGCACCCCCAAACCUCCGAGACAACCACCGAAACCCCACCAACCAGCUAAACCAGCAUCCAAACCAGUCAAGCCUGUUGUUUCGAAGCCUGCAUCUCCACGUAAACCUGUCAAGACCAUCACACCAAGACCCACCGUGGCGCAAGGGGAAGACCAAUCCACCAAGCUGGCAGAGGAGUAUUGCUGGGAGAGUCUUCAGGGUGUCUGCUCCUACUUUAUAAGCUGGUUCCAGAAUUAAUCACCACCACUGGUAAGCACAUAGCUAACUAAUUUCAUAUCUAAAAUAAAUUUAGUUUUAUAGCAAUUAACCAAACAAUGUGUCUGAACCAUUUAUAAACUAUUUCAUACAAAUAUUCAACUGUAGAUUGUCUUAAAAUGGAUUACAGUAUACAGGAAGCAUCAGCUACAUUCUGUUGAUUCUUAUACAAGAGGAAUUGUAUAUAAAACAUGGACAAGUAUGUAUACAGAUGUUUUUUAAUGUGAAACACUAAGGCAUAUGCAAAGUAAGUUAACAGCAAACCUAAAAUAUCAGUCAUAUAUCAUGGUUGGGAUUUUCAGCCAAUGAUCAUUUCUAUACCCUAGCUCUAUUUCCCGGUUUCACAAACAAGGCUUAAGGCUAGUCCUAGGUGUCUCAACUGAAAAUAACUUUCACAUAUAAAUCUUAAAAUAUGCCAGUACCAAGUGUCAAGAUAAACACCAUUAACAUAUUUAAAGGCAUGUUAAUAAAAAAUGCUUAAUUGUCUUAAUUUAACCAAGGCUUCCUUGCUUUAGCUAAACCGUGUCUGUGAAACCAGUCAUUUGGAGCAGUUUCCCGGACAAGUUUUAUCCUAGUUCCAGAUUAAAAUACAUGUUUGAGCUGCCUUAAUUUAAAAACAACUUGCACUGAGAUAUUUUAACAUAUAUCAGUGACAUUGUUUUGUCUCAAGAUGCACACCAGUAUUGUUUUUA